UGAUGAAGAAGGAACCUGCGUCGGCAACACAUUAAUGCUUCUUGCGUAGUUUUACACACCUUACGGACUCACCUGAGUAUUAUCAUACAUUAAAAAAACAAAACGCGACUUUCAAGUAGUUUAAGACGUCUUAAAGUGCCGUGAAGCGUGAAAGUGGAUCUACUUUGCUGGCCGUAGUAGUUGGUGAGCCGCGGCUUGUCUCAACAUCAUCAUGGACAACUGAGUGAACCCUCUUCGCCCCCAAACUGCAGAAAAAGAGAAGACAUGGGACAUGAUUAGGUGGUGGAAGUCUUCAUCUUAACAAAGAUCAUCAAUGAAUAUCUGCCAUGCUACAUGGGAAGGCUCCAAACCCCUCCCUACUCUUGUUCCUUAUCAUCGUCAUCAUCCUUGCCUUAAUACAAGCUCACUCCUACCCUAGUUUUUCCCGUGAUGGCACAGAAUUCCAGCACCUUGUCCUCCACCCAGACCCGUCCGUAGGCAAAGUCUACGUGGGUGCAAAGGACUACCUUUUCCAGCUGGAUGGAUUAGACGGACUGCGUCUGGAGCAAGAGGAGAAGACUGGACCUGUAAGAGACAGCAAAGACUGCAUUCCUCCUGUCUCGGAUUCCAACUGUCCCCAGUCCAGAAGAACCAAUAACCAUAACAAGCUACUGCUGGUGGAUCCGAAUGCUUUAGAGCUGAUCACCUGCGGCAGCGUUUACCAAGGAACUUGUCAGAAACGGAGCCUGACGUCGAUCAGUGAGGUUCUUUUCUCCACCGAGAGGCCAGUGGACACGCAGUAUGUGGCGGCGAAUGAUCCGUCUGUGUCAACUGUGGGGCUUGUGGUGGGGCUUCGAGAUGGAGAUAGGACUGUGAUGUAUGUGGGCAGGGGGUACACCGCCAGCCAGCCGCCCAUUUCCACCAGACACCUUUCAUCCGAGCCUCUCUUUUCCUACGAGGAGACGGCCAAGCUGGCCGUCGCCGGGCGCCUGUCGGAGUACGACCACCACUUUGUGACCACGUUCACACGGCGGAGUUAUGUCUACUUUUUGUUUUACCGGCGAGACAUCAAGUCAUCGUCCAGGGAGUACCAAACCUAUGCUGCUAGAGUUUGCCUAGACGACACCUCUUACUAUUCCUAUGUGGAAGUACCGCUUGUUUGCCAAUCUUCAUCCUCUAGAGUGUACAACCUACUCCAAGCAGCACAGGUGGGUCACGGUAGAGACAGGGAGGGUGAGGAACUGUUGGGAGUCUUCUCCACCCGUGUCAGCUCAGCAAACCAACAUCCGUUGGAUGGCUCUGCUUUGUGCGUCUUCCCUUUGGAUGAACUCGACAAGCAUAUCGACUCCACUAGAGACCUGUGUUACACCCAAGACGGCGUGGCGCAGGACGGAGGCGAAGUGGCCUACAUAGAAUACGAGGUCAAGUCCAGCUGUGCCAACCUACCCAUGAACACCCUUCAGGCAUAUCCCUGUGGCUCCGACCACACCCCGAGUCCAAUGGCAAGCCGGGUGCCUCUGGUAGCCACGGCCGUGUGGCAAACCUUGUCCACCCACCUCACAGCUGUGGCUGUCAACGUCCGUGAAGACCACAGCAUUGCCUUCCUGGGAGACUCCAAGGGGACGCUGCACAAGGUAUAUCUGGGCCAAGAUGGCCAAGUGGAGGUGUAUGCCAACGCAACCAUCCAGCCCAACUCUCCCAUUAAGAGUGAUUUACUCCUGGACCAGAAGAGCGCACACAUCUACAUAAUGACCAAAGCUGCUGUAGAGAAACGACCGGUUGCAGAAUGUGGAGAUCACUUGGACUGCCAGUCGUGUCUCGCUGCAAACGACCCAUACUGUGGCUGGUGUGUCCUGGAGGGACGGUGUGGCCAGCGCUGGGAGUGCCGGCAAGGGUCGGUGAAGGGUCAGUGGCUGUGGAGUUUCAACCAGACGCAGCAGUGCCUCAGCAUCCAACAUCUCAGCCUGUACAACAUCAGCCGUGGGGAGAAAACUGACAUCACAGUGUCAAUCGAAGGACUUCCUAGUCUGGGAGAAGGAGAGGCCUACUCGUGCUUCUUCCACGACACAGAAACCUCUGCAUUGUUUACAAACACCGGCGUGAUAUGCCCCACCCCUGAUGUCAGCAAUCUGCCCCCCAUCGAGCGUGGAGAUGAGUUUGUGAUGGUGAUCCUGUCCUUACGUUUCCUCAACGUGACCGUCGCAGAAACCGAGUUCACCUUGUACGACUGCGGUCUGGUACAAGAACUCUCUGGACGACGGCCGUGCCAAGGGUGUGUAAGCAGCCGCUGGGGGUGUAACUGGUGUAUUCACGAGCACGUCUGCACUCACGCACACACCUGCGGCCGAGGAGUCACCAUCUACAACCAAAAUUUCAAACCACCGACACCCACCAUCCCACCACCCACCAGAAAACAGACCACUUUACCCCCGACUCAGACGACCGCUCCUACAACAACAACAACAACAACACGACCGCCACCCACCGUGCCUCCUGCUACCACCACUGCAGCUGUCACUCCCACCACUCUUUACAGCGAGUCCACGUCCCGCCCACCCCAGGACGUAACUCCCACCUUCACGGGGACCACCAUGGAUGUCAGUGUUACCGAUGGGUCCCCGUCCCUGGUCACAACGCCCGGUUUUGUAGAAGUUGAGACUGUUGAUUGGCUGCCAGCUGCCAACACCUCUAGUAGUCCAUCACCCGGCAGCACAAGUGGCCCAGUUGACUCUGAAGUGGAGCCCUCUGGCUCCUCUUCUGGUAUAAGCUCAACCACAUCAAGGGAAGUUGUUACGCUAACAGAACUGGCAAGCAGUGAUUCCACCGAGGAAAGUGACGGCCCUCCGUGGAUUAAGGGGUGGCCUGAGGCGGAGGCAGACACAGAGUCUCUCGGUCAGGAAAACAUCACCUUUACGCAAUCACCUGACAUUUUUAACACGCCCAACACUGAGUCCGACGAAAAUGACCAAGCAGAUUCUUCUGUUGGUUCUUAUUUGAUGGACUGUCCUUGUGUGGAGAAAAUUGAGGAUUCUUCGCUCCUUCCCGUCAACGUCGAGAGGAAGAUCACGCUGGUCGGACGACACCUCCACCUGUUCCAGGAUGAGACUCUGGACUACGAGUGCGUGCUGGACAUCGAGAAUCAGUCCGUGGUGGUGGAGGCGUCCGUGGAGCCGGAUGACAAACAGCAGUCGGUCUUCUUGAUCACUUGCAGAUCUCACCAGUUUGCCUACUCUGCGCUGAUGGAGGAAUACCCAGCUGUGAUUAACGUGAGGAGGAAAGAUAACUUCCCCAUCGACAGCGCUGACGACCUUUUCGUGACUCUGUUUAAUUGUGCCGUGGGGAGGUCCGACUGCAGUCGGUGUCGCACCGCCGACCCCAAGUACGGUUGUGUGUGGUGUGGCGGUCCUGCUGACUCCCACUGUGUCUACCACCUGUCCUGCACUGAUGACGUCAAGCACACCUGUCCUGCGCCUGUCAUUCACUUUUUGGAUCCUGUGUCUGGCCCUAUCGAGGGAGGCACCCUGGUGACCAUUUCAGGCUCUAAUCUCGGCCAGAGGGCUGAAGACAUCCAGAACUCGGUCACGGUUGCCGGGGUUCCCUGCAGUGUGAUCCAAAGCAGAUACGAAGUCUCCUCCAGGAUCGUGUGUGAGACCACCAGCAGCAGUGGACAGAAGAGCGGCCAGGCCUCGGUCAAAGUGAGGGGAGGAGGACUUGGACUGUCUGCUCAGACCUUCAACUUUCAGGAUCCCACACUGAGCGGCGUCUCUCCCCAGAGAGGUCCCAAGGCGGGGGGCUCGUCCGUCACCAUCAAAGGUCGCGGCCUUAAAACGGGCCACCCAAGUGACGUCAGCGUCCUCAUCGGAGGAGUUCCAUGUAUGGUGCUCAACAUGGAUGAGGAUCAGAUCUGCUGCCAGACCAGGGGCAGCAACAGGACAGGAGGACAUGGCAUCACAGUGCGGUUUGGAGGGGCUGAGCGCCAUCUGCAGGGUGUAGUGUAUCAUUACACCCCAAACCCUAACAUUACAUCGGCUGCACCACCCAGAAGCUUUCUCAGUGGAGGCAGAAUCAUCAGAGUGUCUGGUCAAAACCUGGAUGUGGUCCAAGAACCAAAAAUGCGGGUCACACUCAGCCCGCCUGAUUCCCUUCCUCCCAGGCGGAGGCGGAGCGUCCGUCGGGUGAAUGAAGCGCAAGAUCAACAGAAGCCACUAAAGCGAGAACGCAGGAUGGUCCCAGAGGUGGACUGCUCCCACGGUGCACUCUGUCAUGUCAAGCAGUAUGAGUCUCGCUGCACAGUGAACAGCUCCUCCCUAAUCUUGUGUCCCACGCCGGCUGUGGGUCCCGAUGCCAGGAGAGCCAGGGUCAAAGUUCAUUUCCUGCUGGACAGCCUCCAGUUUGACUUCAACGCGGUGGGCAGUGAAGCUUUCAACUACGAAGCCAACCCCAAGCUCUACGUGCUCAACCGCAACGACCCCGACAAACCCUACCACCACAAACCUGGCAGCAUCAUCUCUGUGGAGGGAGAAAACCUGGACCUGGCCAUCUACAAACACGAGGUGGAGGCUCGGAUUGGGGAAGGUGUGUGUUCGGUGAAGACCCUGACCCACAACCAUCUGUACUGUGAACCGCCGGCCAAACAGCCGUCAGUAGCAGCCAGCCAGAAGAAGGAUGUUCUGGACAGUCUGCCUGAGUUCACUGUGAAAAUGGGCAACUUGAACUUCUCCCUGGGUAGAGUUCAGUACGACAGCCAAGCUCUGUCCAUUUUCCCCAUGGAGGCUCAGGUGGGAGUCGGGGUGGGAGCCUCCAUAGUGGCUCUCAUUGUGCUCAUCAUAGUCCUCAUUUACAGGAGGAAGAGCAAACAGGCCAUGAGGGACUAUAAGAAGGUGCAGAUCCAGCUGGAGAAUCUGGAGACCAGCGUGCGAGACCGCUGCAAGAAGGAGUUUACAGACCUGAUGACAGAGAUGAUGGACAUGUCCAGUGACUUGGUGGGCUCGGGGAUUCCCUUUCUGGACUAUAGAGCCUACGCCGAGCGCAUUUUCUUCCCAGGCCACAAGGAGUCGCCCCUGAGACGGGAUCUGGACGUGCCGGAAAGCCGGCGGCAGACCGUGGAGCAAGGCCUGGUUCAACUAUCCAAUCUGCUCAACAGUAAACUGUUUCUCACCAAGUUUAUUCACACUCUGGAGGCCCAGCAGACUUUUUCCCCUAGGGACAGGGCCUAUGUGGCAUCACUGCUGACUGUCGCCCUGCAUGGUAAACUGGAGUACUUCACGGACAUUCUGAAGACGUUGCUCAAUGACCUGGUGGAGCAAUAUGUGGCAAAGAACCCCAAACUCAUGCUUAGAAGAACUGAAUCAGUAGUUGAGAAGCUUCUCACCAACUGGAUGUCUAUUUGUCUCUUCAACUUCUUGCGGGAAUCCGCGGGAGAGUCCUUCUACAUGCUGUUCCGGGCUAUAAAGCACCAGGUGGACAAGGGGCCUGUGGAUGCAGUUACCGGAAAGGCCAAGUACACCUUAAACGACAACCGUCUGCUACGAGAGGACGUAGAGUACCGCAGCCUGACCCUAAAUGUUGUGACGCCAGCAGCCAGUGGAGGCGCCUCCACCCAGACGGUGCCGGCCAAAGUGCUGGACUGUGACACCAUCACCCAAGUCAAGGAGAAACUUCUGGACCAAACUUGGAAAGGGACGUCCGUCACCGGGAGGCCGCAUGCCGACUCCUUACACCUCGAGUGGCGCUCAGGUGUGGCUGGUCACCUGAUCCUGUCAGAUGAGGACCUGACCUCGGUGGUGCAGGGCUCGUGGAAGCGUCUCAAUACAUUGCAGCACUACAAGGUCCCAGAUGGGUCAACAGUCGCUCUCGUCCCAAGAAACACCAAAAAUCACCUCCAUGACAGCCACGACUACAUGCCUGGAGAGAAGACUCCCAUGCUGGACGACGGCGAGGAAGGAGGGGUUAAGUUAUGGCAUCUGGUGAAAGCCAGCGAAGAGUCGGAGCUGCCCAAACACAGGCGGGGCAGUGUGAGGGAGAAGGGCGGGGAGAGAGCCAAGGCCAUCCCCGAGAUCUACCUGACUCGCCUUCUCUCCAUGAAGGGCACGCUGCAGAAGUUCGUGGACGAUUUGUUCACGGCCAUCCUCAGCACCAGCCGUCCCGUCCCGCUGGCUGUCAAAUACUUUUUUGACAUGUUGGAUGAGCAGGCUCUCAAUCACAACAUCACCGAUGCGGAGACCAUCCACAUCUGGAAAACCAAUAGCCUGCCGCUGCGAUUUUGGAUCAACAUCCUGAAGAAUCCGCAGUUCAUCUUCAACGUGCAGACGUCGGACCAUGUGGACGCGGUGCUGUUUGUCAUCGCCCAGACUUUUAUGGAUUCUUGCACCAUCGCCGACCACAAACUGGGACGGGACUCCCCUAUCAACAAGUUGCUGUACGCCAGAGACAUCCCGCGCUACAAGCAGAUGGUGGAGAGGUACUACGCAGACAUCCGCCAGACCAUCUCAGCCAGUGACCAGGAGAUGAACUCGGCUCUGGCGGAGCUCUCCCGUAACUACGCAGGGGAGGUCAACUUCCUGGUGGCUUUGCAUGAGCUGUACAAGUACAUCAACAAGUACUACGAUCAAAUCAUCACCGCCCUGGAGGACGACUGCACCGCCCAGAAGAUGCAGCUCGGCUACCGGCUGCAACAGAUCGCCGCCGCCGUGGAGAACAAAGUCACCGACCUAUGACCUCACAUGCGUCCGCCAUACUUUCUCCCUGUCGCCACAAAGACGUUGAAGGGAAGAAAAAAAAACGAACCAUUUAUACACAAAAAUAGAAAAAAAAAGAAGGCGCACAAACAAGACGAGGUGUUUCGUCAAAGGGGACGACUGCUCGGUCGGACAACGCUGAACAUUCCUGCAAACAGUCCUGAAAAGAGCAACUACGGUGGGAGUUUAGGUUGGAGAGGCGGAAGAUGAAGUGAAAAAGGACUUGAGAACUAAAGUCUUACAAGGAACUGUCAGCCUGCUUAACAAUCAGCUUUUAGCUUCUUUCAAUCAUUCUUACUCAAAUGCAGAACCACAACAUUCUCAUAUCAUUUAUCAUUGUGUAGCUUGAAACCCCCAAAAAAACAAUCCGUCCCGUGUGAGAUCUGUUAAACUCAUCAGUAGGGGUGUAACGGUAUACAAAAAUUUCGAUUCGGUACGUACCUCGGUUUAGAGGUCACGGUUCAAUCGGUUCAUUUUCGGUACAGUAAGAAAACAACAAAAUAUACAUUUUUUGGGUUAUUUAUUUACCAAAUUAGAGGCGGGGCCUCACCUGCCGUCAUGGAAAGAAAAAAAAUGUAAAAAGAAAACAUUUUUAUUAAAUUGUUAUAUGUAU